AUGAUGAAACUGGUUCUAUCGUUACUCUCCAUCUGCGCCCUCGCGGCAGCUCGUCCUGGCUUCCUGCACGGCCACCACCACCACUAUCCGGAGAUUCCGUACUACCCACACCACCACCAUGUGGAGCCGCUGCACUACCACCUGCCCGCCGCCGUCUCCCACCAGAGCUCCACGGUGGUGCACAGCGUGCCGCACCACAUCAUCAAGCCGGUGCUGCUGCCCACCGUGGUGAAGACCGUGGUGCAUCCUCCGAUCAUCAAGGCCUAUCAUCCUGCGCCCAUCAUCAAAGCCUACCAUCCGUACGAUCCCUUCCAUCUGCACCACCAUCACGACUUCCACGAUUACCACCAUCUGCACUAA